AAAAUGGCGACUUCUCUCUCUCUCUUUUCCCUCCUCCCAUCCUCUACCCGCCGUCGCCACCGUUUCGCCGCCGCGACUUCCGGCGUUCGGGCAGCCUCUAAGGGCGGCGGACUGGGCCGCGGCGACCGGCAAGCGUUCUUCUCCUGCCCUCCUCCUUCUAUGCUUUCAAAGGUGGGCUCUCCAAGCUUCUUAUUCUGGUCUCUCUCGUCUCCGAAGUCCUGGAGUUCUCUGCUCAACGCAAGGAAUGCUCUCCCCAGCUCCCAUUCCAAAGCUUCGAGCUCGAUGAGCUCAAUCGCCGAUUUGUACCGCUAAGAGGACCCCGUCUUUCCUCCUCUAACACCACGAGGAAAUGCUCGACUCCCUCCCCCCAAACCCCUCUCUCUCCAACCUUAACGAGGCCUCGGAAAGGAAGAAAAGAGGGAACGGAUGAAGAGGUGGAGCUCGAUAGAGUAAUGGCUCGGUUUAGGCUCGUUGUCUCGGAUUUCUUGGUCUCUUUUCUAUGGGUUUGGUCGGGAUCUGUUCUGAGGUACCUGGCGUGUGGGAUUCUAGGGUUGGGAAUGCACCCCAUUGCUCUUAUGAUCAAGGGGUCCUUUGCGGUGGUCUAUGUCUACUGCUUCUCGUGGCUCGGGAAGGCGACCAGAGGCGGGUCGUAUAACCCUCUGAUUGUGCUCUGUUAUGGCAUUUCUGGGAAUUUUUCAGGGUUUCUUUUCACAGUCUGUGGGAGGAUCCCUGCCCAGGUGAUCGGAUCAAUUAUUGGGGUUUGGUUAAUCAAUACAACCUCUGCUGCAGCAGCUCAUGGACCUCAUUUGAAUGUUGAUGUUCAUCGUGGAGCAUUAAUAGAAGGACUGCUUACAUUCUUCAUUGUGAUAGUUUCACUAGGCCUGAAGAAAGUUCCUAAAAGUUCUUCUAUGAAAAGAUGGAUAUCAAGCAUUUUCAAAGUGAUAUUUCAUAUCCUGGCUUCUGAUAUAACUGGUGGAAUCAUGAACCCUGCCACUGCCUUUGCUUGGGCAUAUGCUCGAGGAAAGCAUCGGACACACGAGCAUGUGUGUGUGUAUUGGCUUGCACCCAUGGAGGGAACUCUAUUGGGGGUAUGGACAUGCAAUUUGUUUGAUCGGCCCCAGAAGCACAGGAGGCGUUGUCGGAAAGAAACCAGAACUAAAUCAGAGUGAGUAGGAUGUGUUAGAUGCAUCAUUUUUCAUUAUAUAUUUUCACUUUAUUGUUACAUAUACAUGCCCUUUGGUGCAACUGUAAAUGACAAGUAGAACAUUUUUAGUGAUAGAUUUAGGUGUUCUUUUCAUUUGAAGUCAUGCUAAUGCUGAUUCAAAUCUGGAUUCCUGAACUGAUGUACCCAAUCUUUGUUUUCACAUGCCACUGCUGUUUGCUAAAUGCAGUAUUUCAUGCUGUUGGAUGAAUAAAAUACUUUAGUUGUGGCUUUAGACGGCCACUUUAUA